AUGGUCAACGCCGGAAGGUCCCAUGCCUGCAUCACCUGCAAGAGACGGAAAAUCAAAUGCGACGAAACAAAACCCACUUGCUCACGAUGUAUCAAAGCAUCGCUCCACUGCAUAUGGGUAAAGCCUGUCAAGGCACCCGACAUCCGAUUUGUAGACAUGACACAGACGGUUGCUGCGCAUCAUGUAGGCGCCGAAUUGCAGCGCAAGUUACGGGUCGCGACAGCACCGCCCAAGCCCCUGGUAGUGGACAGGGAAACUCAAGCAGUCAACUUCUUCCACCGUCACUACAUGAUAGACCCAAAACAAGACGGCGCACCCAAUGCUGGACUCUUCGGCCUUUUCAUGCCAGCAUUCUCGACUGAAUCCCAAGACUCGUCCGCUGCCAUGGCCGUCUCUGCGCUCGCCAUGUCAGUAUACUCAAGAUGGCGCAUGGGUGGCAUGACAGAAAAGAGAGUAGCAAAAGUCCUAGGCCAGGCCAUCUGGAAGUUAUCCAACGAUAUCCAGGUGGAAGAUAAAAGAAAGAACGACAUCACUCUGUUGGCGACCCUCACCCUGCAGUUCCACUCUAGCUUUGAAUCGUUGUUUGAUUCGAGCAAAGCCACUAUCGUGCAUCAUCUGGGCGCUCUGGCGUUGGUGAGAGGUUUCGGUCCUCCAGAAUCUUGGUCGCAUCUGGCCAACCAAUUCGUGGCGUACAUACUUCAUGUUGAGGUCGCAGCAGCCAUUCGUGAGCAUCGUAGAGUCAAUGCUGAGCUAUGUUACUGGAGCUCCGCCAUCAACCCUGCAUCCAUGGAGGCCGAUAUCCAGUUCGAUAUCCUUGGUAUCAGAGUCGCAGACGUCCAGUUCCGAGCGGACUGCAUUCUGGGGACGCCUGAAAUUAAUUCUGAUCUGGCAUUACCAUCUCCAGCGCUAACAACCCUAUUAAGUGAUAUUCAGGAGCUCGAUGCAUGUCUUGUGCUUUGGGAAGACCGGGUCUCCCAGUCCUGGGGUCCAUAUAGCUGGACAUCACAAGAGGUAGCAUCUCCUCCAAUACAAACAUUCGAAGGAGCUUGCCAUGUGUACACCUCGAUUCGUUCUGCCAGGCUCAUCAACAUCUGGCGAAGUUAUAGGUUGACUCUUUCAUUGCUGGCUCUGCAGUUGAUCAAUCGACACGGAGAGCGAUCCAUCCUUGAUGGCAAUCAGUCAGAAACGACCAAAGACAUGCUUGCGAAGCGUAUUCAAUGGCUCAUUGACGGCUUUUGCGCGUCUGUGCCAUUCUUCCUCGGCAACAGGACCAAGAUCGGCACAGUGCUGGAUUUUGACGACCCAAGCUGCAAAUUUCCUACCUGUCAUGACGCCCGCGAAUUGAACGACAUGAGACAUCGAAAAGCUGAUCUGAAAGGACUCGAGGCGAGCGCCGAUCAUGCCAGUCAUGCCAUCGCUCAAGGCGUUUGGCUCAUCAUGGGCAAUUUGACACAGCUGGUAGCUUUCUUCCUGUUCACGGCGGGUCUCACGUCCGAGCUAUCACUGAGGACGGGGCAACUUUCUUGGAUAUGUCAGCAGUAUCUGCGGAAUCUUUCAUUACUUUCCCUAGACUGGACAACGGACAGGGGCCUGGAGCAAAAAGUUCUCACUGGCAUAGGCCUACCACCAGAGGAGGUCCUGAUUUCAGAGGCAAGAAGAUGUGUCGAACGAGUCAUGCAGGGUCUUAGAAUGGUCGGGGAUUGA